AGGAGGAGAGAGGGAGAGGGAGGAGGAGGAGAGAGCGAGCACGAGACACGCAGAGAGAGCUAUAGAAGGAGGAGGGGUAGGAGGAGAUUAGCAUUUCAGAAGGAGCUGAACAGAGAGAGAGAGAGAGAGAGAGAGAGAGAGAGAGAGAGAGAGAGAGAGAGAGAGAGAGAGAGAGAGAGGAAUUCCAAAACAGCUGUCCGGCAGACGUCCCAGCAGACAGCAGCAGGUCCAGAGGGCUGAGGCAUACGGCAGACACACACUGUCAACACGGCACGGGAGCAACACACACUGAGACGGACCGACGCUCCGGCCAGAGGACACACUCACGCAUCAGGACCCGUCGGAGGCGCAGCGGGCGGCCGAGGCAGCCCAACUUCAGCAGGGAUCCCCACCUCGCCUUUGGAAUAUCUCAAUCUACAUCCCAGAGAACAGCGUGCCGGUCGACCUUCCCUCAACCCAAAGCCUCAGCAGUUUCAGCACUUGGAAUCCAAUUCCCCGAUCAAUGACAGAACGGCUGAAGUUAUUUCGGGACUUGCACAUGACCUGAGCGUUUGAGAAUGUAACUGGGGGUCCUUUUUCAAGGGCACGCCGCGUACUGUCCAGCCAUCCAUACCAAGAGAGCACACUGUACUGCUGUUUCUCCUGAACACCAAGACACCCAUCGUUGACCUCAGCAAUGCCGGCCAAAGCACCCAUCUACCUGAAGCCCAACAACAGCAAGAAGGGGAAGAAAUGUCGCCUGCGAGACAUCCUGUCCCCGGACAUGAUCAGUCCACCGCUAGGGGACUUCCGCCACACCGUCCACAUCGGCCGGGGCGGGGAGAGGGACGCCUUCGGGGACAUGUCCUUCCUCCAGGGGCGGUUCGAGCUGCUGCCGGGGAAGGCGGAGGUCGUCCACCCGCAGUACGGCACGCAGAGCGACUACCAGAGGACCUGCAGCACCUCUGACGCCUACUUCGCCGAGACCCCGUCCCCGGUGCUGAAGAACGCCAUCUCGCUGCCGGCCAUGGGCGGGGGUCAGGCCCUGACGCUGCCCCUGAUCAGCUCCUCGGCGUUCCCGCUCCCCCCCGCGCCCCUGGAGGACAUCCUGGGUCCCACGGCCGCCAUGAAGCAGGACAGGGCGGACGCGCUGGAGAGGAUGCAGACGGACGCGCUCUUACACUCUAUGGACGUCUUCGCCGAGGAGCCCACGCAGCCCUCUCCGAGCAUGCAGUCGAAGCCCGACGUGCUCUUGGAUCUGCUUGGGAAACCGUCGAAGCCGGCCUCCAAGGCAGUGUCUGAUGCUACCAAAAUGAAAAAACGGGACAAGAGGUCUGAGAAGCCCCGGUCCUUUAAUGCCAACAAUCUCAGCAAAAGCAGCUACAAAACCAACGGGAGCCUGCACAGUGACGCGAGCAGCGACAGCUACGAAAGUUUCGACGGGAAGGGAAGUUUCAUGGGCCGCAGUCAUGAGGAGGAAAUCUACAACGGCGACGGCAGUCUCAACAGCACGGGGAACUGCGAUUUUGGACCAUUUGGCAACAACAUAACCAUGGGUUAUGAGAAGGGGCCUUCUCGUUUCAGCGGAGACUACGCAGACAGGGACAGCGGCGUGGAGGAGGGACGGGUGUGUGACUUUGACUAUGAGUUCGGCAAGGAUAAGAGAUUGUCACGGGAUUCCCUGGUGCAGAUUACCGGAUCUAUGCUCUCGCUUGAACUUGAUCUGGGCCCAUCCAUCCUGGAUGAAGUGCUCAACAUAAUGGACAAACCUUCAGCCAAGAGCCGGCCCUGAACAAUGCAGAGAGCCCCUUGAGAGAACCAAGGGAAUGUACGGACAUUGACCUCGCAAAGCAAUCAGAACGGUGUCUGGAUGUAUCGCUGCAACAGAAUGAGUUGCAGAAGGCAGAGCUGCUUAUAUUUUUUAUGUUUGAAAUAGAGAACUAUUCUAGCUUCUAUGGAGUGCUGGUUAUUCUUCAUGUUUUUCAGUCAUGCUAUCAGCAUGUUAGGGUGCAUGCGCUAUUCUAUUAUAACUCAAACUCAACCAUUGUGCCUUUGAUUUAGCAAUUAAUUACUGAUAUCGGCUACAAAGUAUAGACUUGUGGUUUACGGACUAUUGCAGCCCAUAUACAUGAUUCUUUUGAAAGUGCUUCGGGUGUCCUUAUGUCUUCAUGGCUUUUUUAUUGCACAACCUUGACCUUUGGUUUCCUCGUUUACCUAUAUGCAUUUUUGUGUGACCUUCAACCGUGUUUAACAACGCACUCUUUUGUUUCGUCACAUGAUCGUUUUCCUUGCGAGUAGGCCUAUUUCAUAGAACUCUAUGCAUACGCACAGAUUUGUGUUUUUAAUGAUACAACACAAAUAAAAACAUUUUGUCG